AUGGCGAUGACACAGAAGAAAGAAGCUAUAGAAAUAAAACCGAGCAAUGAUGUGGCUCCUGUCAGCAGGGAUAAUGAUGAGCAAAAUUCAAAUAAAAAUGAGAUUCAUCUUCCUUGUCUUACGGCAUCAUCACGCGAAAAUAAUGUAGAUAAAGAAUGUGAUAAAAAUUACGCGAAAGAUAAUGAUCAAACCAACACCAGCGAUCCGUAUCAUAAUAAGCACUCUGCUUCUACCUAUAAGUUAAUAAAUUGCCCAUUAGAAAGGAAACAAAUUAAUAACAUUGUCUUCAUUUUUCAACGAAUCUAUGCCAUGGUAAUUUGUAUUUUAUUAUGGUUUAAUGCUGUAAGAUUAUGGCCUAGUCUUUCCAAUUAUACCAAUACAUCCUCGAUGACAUUGAUGGUGAUGUGUGGUUUAUGGAAUCUUCAUAUCGCUGGCAAUGCAUCCUUUUACUUUUAUAUGUGUCAUCACAAGAUGGUCAAAUUCUUUAAGCAAAUCAGUUGUAAACAUGUUAAUGAGCAUUCAGGAUUUUUAGAUAGUGUUGGGCGUUAUGCUAGAAGACGAUGUAUCAUUUACCUGAUUCCAGCAACAAUCUUUGCCUCAUUAAAUAUAGCAUUUCCAAUAUUUGUUCAUUUAUCUUCAUUUAAUGACUUAAAAUCAGUAAUGAGCAUCAUAGCCAGUCCUUGGGAAAAUUCGACAAUCUUUCUUUACUUUUAUAUAUCUUCCAUUCACUUCUAUUGCACCGCAGCAUGGAUCUAUCCCACAGUUUUAUUCUGUUUAUGUUGUUUAAUCAUGGCUGAAAAAUUUCGCAAUUUAACCAGAUGCUUUAGAACGGCAGUUCAAAUGGGCAAUAGCAGUAUUAAUCGAGCUAUAAUAACUUAUCGACAACAACACGAAGAUUACUGUACUACAACAGAAUUACUCUCCGAUACUUUUUCUUUAUUUGUAGCUCAUUUAUACCUUACAAAUCUUGCCCAUGCCUGUUUCAACACAUACCGCCUAAUAUUUAACUGGAACGAUAAUGGUUUCUGGAUGAAUAUGGUCUUGACGAUGUGGCUAGCUAUUACUACUGGUAACACUAUCAUCGUUUCAGGGGCAGCUUCCAUUCUUAAUACAGAGGCACAUUCUUCUAAUUCUAUAUUAUAUUCCCUACAAGUUGCUAACGUCAAUAAUGAUGGAUUGGCAGAGGAAGAAUUUUCACCCGUAGAAGGCGGUAUUUACAGUGGGUUAAUACAAUUGAAUUGA